UGACGUACAAAAUGGCAGCGCCCAUGUUCAAUUUCAAUGUUGGUGUUUUGGGACACGUUGACAGCGGUAAAACUAGCUUGUCAAAAACUCUCAGUACCACAGCUAGUACUGCAAGCUUUGACAAGAACCCGCAGAGCAAAGAACGUGGGAUAACUCUUGAUCUUGGCUUCUCUUCAUUCCAAGUGGAUCUCCCCACCCAUCUGGUUCAUGAAGGGGAGCAAGGAGUUGUGCAGUACACUCUAGUAGAUUGCCCAGGACACGCUUCCUUAAUAAAAACAAUAAUUGGAGGUGCUCAGAUCAUUGAUCUUAUGCUUCUAGUUGUUGAUGUUGUGAAAGGAUUACAAACACAAACUGCUGAAUGUCUCGUGAUUGGCGAAAUCACCUGCAACAAAAUGAUCAUUGUCCUAAACAAAGUGGAUCUUUUACCUCCGGAAAAGAAGGACUCUAUGAUAGACAAGAUGAAGAAGAAAAUGUUAAAGACCCUAGAGAGUACAAGAUUUGCUGGCAGUCCUAUAGUAGCUGUGGCUGCUAAACCAGGGGGUCCUGAGUCUCCGGAAACAGAAAGUAUAGGACUAACAGAUCUGAUAGACACCCUCAAGUCCAACACGUACAUACCUCAGCGUGAUGUCCAGGGACCGUUCAUCUUCUCUGUUGAUCACUGUUUCAGUAUUAGAGGUCAGGGGACUGUGAUGACUGGGACAGCCCUCAGUGGGAGUGUGUCGGUCAAUGAUACUAUAGAGAUUCCAGCAAUGAAAGUAACAAAGAAAGUCAAGUCAAUGCAGAUGUUUAGAAAACCAGUAGAAAAAGUGGUUCAGGGUGACAGAGCUGGUAUCUGUGUGACCCAGUUUGACCCAAAGUUGCUGGAAAGAGGGACCAUUUGUACCCCAGGAGCUCUACCAACUAUAGAAGCUGCAGUAAUUUCUGUACAAAAAAUACCUUAUUACAAAGGCAGUAUCACAUCAAAAGCAAAGUUUCAUAUUACGACGGGUCAUGACACUGUGAUGGGACGAUUAACAUUCUUUGGUUUCUAUGACAACACAGACUCAACACCGCUCGAAAAUCAGACUGCUAAAAUAAAAAUCAGCGAUGAAAACUCCAUUGAUCUUUCAAAGGAAUAUCUGUACCAGGAGGAAUUGAUUUCAAAAAGCUCUAAAAGUAAGGGCCAUUCAGCCGAGGGCGGAGACGAUAAUAAAAUACCUGUAAGACAGUAUGCUCUAGUCCAGUUUGAGAAACCGGUCACAUGUCAAAAUUCAGCGUUAGUGAUUGGUUCGAAACUUGAUACAGAUAUUCAUGCAAACAUUUGUCGGAUAGCGUUCCAUGGAAAACUGCUCUUGGGAAUGACCGACCCAAAAUAUGUGGAAACUGUGUUACCAAAGAUAAAAGUUUACAAGACAAAAGUGAAAGAAGGAUUAGUGGAGCGGGUGAUGGAUGAAUACACUGUGAUAGGGAAGAACAUGUUCAAGAAAGAGACAAAUAUAGCAACGUUCACCAAUCUAAAGAUCAUGUUGUCGACGGGUGAGGCGGGAGUGAUAGAGGGAGGGUUUGGCCAGAGCGGAAAGAUAAAAAUAAGAAUCCCAGGUGGACUGCCAGCAGAAACUGUGAAGAGAUAUUCUGGUGGGAAGAAGAAGUCAAAGGGAAAAGGAAGUGAAGAGUCGGCCAAUCAGGAUGAAGAUACACCUGACAGAGAGCCAAUAAAAAUUCUUCUUACAUUUAAAAGAUACAUUUAUGAUCCAGAGAAGAAGAUGAAACAAACCUGAUGAAGGCCAGCAAUAAAUGCAUUGAAAAGUGAUUUUGGUGCCAUUCUUCCAUCAGAAAGCCUAGGAAGUUCACAGACCAGAAUUUCCCUUUAUACUUUUAUACUUGCAAACAUAUUUCUUACACUAUUAUUUUGCCAAUAUUUUAGAUACUCAUAAAGAUUCUUUUUUAAAAUUUGCCAUACUUGAGGCGAGAUAUGUUGCUAAUGCUAUUUGAAAAUUUCAAAAUAUGCCAGCAUCUGAUUUUAUUCAUUACCUCAUUUCAACCUUUAUCCCAUUUUUGUUGAGCCUGCUUGCAGUGAGCUUGAUCGACCUAGUUGUCACUUUUGGCGGUUCGGUGUAUGUGCGUGUGUUCGUGCAUCGUCCAAUUUUGUCUGGACCAUAACUUUGACAACAUGCAUGGACUAAUCUUGUUUAUAUUUGGCAUGAAUGGUCACCUCAAUCAAAAGGAGUGUCAUGCAUAAACACCAUGUUCCUAUCUCAAAGGUCAUGGUCACAGUUGGAGGUCAAAGGUCAAAUUGAAGAUUGUCCGGAGCAUUUCUUCUUCAUGUAUGGUGGGAUUUUGAUGUAACUUGGCAUGAAUGUUCACUAUUAUGAGACGAAGUGUCAUGCACAAGAAUUAGGUCCUAAGGUCAAGGUCACAAUUGAUAGCUGGCGGUCUCAACAUUUUGCUCAUUGGCAUACAUUUGUUAUAUUAAAUUUCGCAAAAUGUCAAUGUAAAUACCUAGAAUCCAUAAUUAUUGUGAGAUGGCAGGUAGAGCAUUUAAUUUGAUUUUUAACCAUAUUCUGAGGAGGACCGCCCGCUUACCUCAGUAGGUAAGAGCAUCGGUCUACAGAUCGCGGGGUCGCAAGUUCAAUCCUCGGGCGGGGCGCAUGUUCUCUGUGACUAUUUGAUAAACGACAUUGUGUCUGGAGUCAUUAGUCCUCCACCUCUGAUUCAUGUGGGGAAGUUGGCAGUUACUUGCGGAGAACAGGUUUGUACUGGUACAGAAUCCAGGAACACUGGUUAGGUUAACUGCCCGCCGUUACAUGACUGAAAUACUGUUGAAGAACAGCGUUAAACCCAAAACAAAUAAAUAAAUAUUCUGAGGAAAUACCAAUAUCAAUUAUUAUAAUACAUGUUUUAGUUGAUAUAAAGUGUGUAAAGAAAGUUCAAUCUGAUGAAGCGGGCUGCUAUCUUAUAUGACUUGGAUUUAAAUGACAACAUGAGGGCUGUAGUGGAUUAAGUUGCUCACUGAAAAUUGACUGUCUUACAUUUAUGUAUCACACAGUCUGAACCCUGAAUAGUAGCUAUGGUGUUUAGUACAGAAAUCUUGAAACAGAUUACUGUAAAAUCAUUUAAUUUCGUGGGCAUGAAAUUUCAUGGUUUUGGUCAGAACGGCAAUUUCGAGGGGAUAUGAAUUCGUGGAUUUCAGCUUUUGAACAUAAAAUGAAUGGCAAUUUUACAUGUUCGUUGGGAUUAAAUUUCGUGGAUUGACUCAACCACGAAAUCCACGAAAAUUAGUCCCCCACGAAUAUUAAUGAUUUCACAGUAUUAGAAUGAUUAGUGCACCAGUUUGAAUUAAUUUGAGAGAGUUCCUUCCAAGGCUGCUUUGAUGAAACUAAAUAUUAAAGAUCCACAAGAAAAUGUUAUUUCAGUAUAUUUCUGUUUUCAGCUAAAAUGUUCCCUGAAAAAACCAACAUAGUGCAUUUGCGACCAGCAUUGAUCCAGACCAGUCUGCACAUCAACACAGUCUGGUCAGGAUAUAUGCUGUUCGCUUUUAACUUGCUGUUCGCAGAUGCGCAGGCUGGUCUGGAUCCAUGCUGGUCGCAAAUGCACCAUGUUGGUUUUCUCAUAGUGCGACUCAUUUUCUUUUGUGAAAAAAAUUUGGAGAAGAUCUUUUCAUAUACAUGUUAGAAUGAUGCUAUGAACUAAGUUUAAUGGAGAUCCAUCAAGGGUUCAUGAAAUUUUUUUUUUAUAUUAUUUGUUCUAAUAGCCCCUAAAAGGGAUCAAGUGCAUUCAUUCGAACAACUUUGAGAGAGGAACUUGUAAUGUUGCUACAGGCCAUGCUUGGUGUAAAUCUUACCAGUAGUUUUAGAGGAGAUGUUGAUGUAAAUUAUGGAUACUGGACAGUCCACUUAUUCUAAUAGCUCACACUGAGCCUUUGGAGAUUACCAGUUGGAAUGAACUUUCCUUACAUCCAUUUGUCAUUCUCUUGUUUUGUGAAAGAAAACUUUUCUGUUUAUUUUUUGUGACUUUGGAAGAGGUUAUAAAAUGAAUGAAAUCAUGUCUGCAUUUUUAAAAAAUUCUGUUUUUUUCACAAUAUAAUAUUCUUGAGAAUGUGACAAAAUUGUGUUAAAAAAUUUGUUAUGUUUGUUUAUAAUGUUUGUUUCAGAAAGUCUAAGUUUUAAGUUGGAUAUCAAAGCUGAUAUUAUAUACCGGUAUUAUUGUUGAAAUAUAUAUUAAUUUCAUUUUGUGUCAGAUUUCUGUAGCGAGACUGACACUUUUGACAGUUUUCUGCGUAUUUUCCUGACUAAAAUAGUUCUGUUUUAGGUAAAAAAGUCUUAAAAUGCUUUGAAUCACCUUUAAAAUUUAUUUUAUUUUAUUGCAGUCACAAACUAAAAGAAGGCUUUUCUAAAUUCCAAAUAAUUUACAUUAUUCUGGAUUGCUUGCUUUAAUGACGAAAGAGAAAAUGUCGUUUAAUAAUCAAGUGCUUCUUGGUGUUGGUGUUAUUUUUGUCUUUAAAAAUCUAGAAAUCAUGUGUUUUUAGCUCACCUGUCACAAAGUGACAAGGUGAGCUUUUGUGAUCGCGCGGUGUCCGUCGUCAGUCCGUGCGUGCGUGCGUACGUGCGUCCGUAAACUUUUGCUUGUGACCACUCUAGAGGUCACAUUUAUCAUGGGAUCUUUAUGAAAGUUGGUCAGAAUGUUCAUCUUGAUGGUAUCUAGGUCAAGUUCGAAACUGGGUCACGUGCCAUCAAAAACUAGGUCAGUAGGUCUAAAAAUAGAAAAACCUUGUGACCUCUCUAGAGGCCAUAUAUUACACAAGAUCUUCAUGAAAAUUGGUCAGAAUGUUCAUCUUGAUGAUAUCUAGGUCAAGUUCGAAACUGGGUCACGUGCCAUCAAAAACUAGGUCAGUAGGUCUAAAAAUAGAAAAACCUUGUGACCUCUCUAGAGGCCAUAUGUUUCACAAGAUCUUCAUGAAAAUUGGUCAGAACGUUCACCUUGAUGAUAUCUAGGUCAAGUUCGAAACUGGGUCACGUGCCAUCAAAAACUAGGUCAGUAGGUCAAAUAAUUGAAAAACCUUGUGACCUCUCUCAAGGCCAUAUUUUUCAUGGGAUCUGUACGAAAGUUGGUCUGAGUGUUCAUCUUGAUGAUAUCUAGCUCAAGUUCGAAACUGGGUCACGUGCGGUCAAAAACUAGGUCAGUAGGUCUAAAAAUAGAAGAACCUUGUGACCUCUCUAGAGGCCAUAUAUUUCAUGAGAUCUUCAUGAAAAUUGGUCAGAAUGUUCAUCUUGAUGAUAUCUAGGUCAAGUUCGAAAGUGGGUCACGUGCCUUCAAAAACUAGGUCAGUAGGUCAAAUAAUAGAAAAACCUUGUGACCUCUCUAGAGGCCAUAUUUUUCAUGAGAUCUGUAUGAAAAUUAGUCUGAAUGUUCAUCUUGAUGAUAUCUAGGUCAAGUUCGAAACAGGGUCAUGUGCGGUCAAAAACUAGGUCAGUAGAUCUAAAAAUAGAAAAACCUUGUGACCUCUCUAGAGGCCAUACUUAUGAAUGGAUCUCCAUAAAAAUUGGUCAGAAUGUUCACCUUGAUGAUAUCUAGGUCAAAUUCGAAACUGGGUCUCGUGCCUUCAAAAACUAGGUCAGUAGGUCAAAUAAUAGAAAAACCUUGUGACCUCUCUAAAGGCCAUAUUUUUCAUGGGAUCUGCAUGAAAGUUGGUCUGAAUGUUCAUCUUGAUGAUAUCUAGGUCAAGUUCGAAACUGGGUCACGUGCGGUCAAAAACUAGGUCAGUAGGUCUAAAAAUAGAAAAACCUUGUGACCUCUCUAGAGGCCAUAUAUUUCAUGAGAUCUUCAUGAAAAUUGGUCAGAAUGUUCACCUUGAUGAUAUCUAGGUCAGGUCACGUGCCAUCAAAAACUAGGUCAGUAGGUCAAAUAAUAGAAAAACGUUGUGACCUCUCUAGAGGCCAUAAUUUUCAUGGGAUCUGUAUGGAAGUUGGUCUGAAUGUUCAUCUUGAUGAUAUCUAGGUCAAGUUCAAAAGUGGGUCACAUGCUGUCAAAAACUAGGUCAAUAGGUUGAAUAAUAGAAAAACCUUGUGACCUCUCUAAAGGCCAUAUUUCUCAUGGGAUAUGUAUGAAAAUUGGUCUGAAUGUUCAUCUUGAUGAUAUCUAGGUCAAGUUUGAAACAGGGUCAUGUGCGGUCAAAAACUAGGUCAGUAGGUCUAAAAAUAGAAAAACCUUGUGACCUCUAGAGGCCAUACUUGUGAAUGGAUCUCCAUAAAAAUUGGUCAGAAUGUUCAUCUUAAUGAUAUCUAGGUCAAGUUUGAAACUGGGUCACGUGCCGUAAAAAACUAGGUCAGUAGGUUAAAUAAUAAAAAAAAAACCUUGUGACAUCUCUAGAGGCCAUACUUUUCAUGGGAUCUGUAUGAAAGUUGGUCUGAAUGCUCAUCUUGAUGAUAUCUAGGUCAAGUUUGAAACUGGGUCAAUUGCGGUCAAAAACUAGGUCAGUAGGUCUAAAAUUAUUAAAAUCUUUUGACCUCUCUAGAGGCCAUAUUUUUCAAUGGAUCUUCAUGAAAAUUGAUCUGAUUUUUCACCUUGAUGAUAUCUAGGUAAAAUUCAAAACAGAGUCACAUACCUUUGAAAACUAGGUCAAUAGGUCAAAUAAUAGAAAAACCUUGUGACCUCUCUAGAGACCAUAUUUUUCAAUGGAUCUUCAUGAAAAUUGGUCAGAAUUUUUAUCUUGAUAAUAUCUAGGUCAAGUUCAAAACUGGGUCACAUGAGCUCAAAAACUAGGUCACUAUGUCAAAUAAUAGAAAAAAUGACGUCAUACUCAAAACUGGGUCAUGUGGGAAGAGGUGAGCGAUUCAGGACCAUCAUGGUCCUCUUGUUUAUAUCUGUGGUUAUAGUGACACUAGCCCAGAAAGGAAUGUACAUGUACAUUGUAUCAAAAAAUACAAAUGAAAUUUUCAUCUUUCAUUUUCAUUUUCUGAGAUGCUCCAAGUUCAAAACACUGUAGUCUGAAACACUUUAGUUCCACACAUUCAUAAUACACUUGUAAAACCAUGGAUGGAACCGCUUGCCUCAUAGGUGCAAGCCCCACUUGGGUCAUUCAUUAUGUGUUGGCAUAUUUCAGCUAGCUUGAAGGAUGGUGGCUCUACUCGCAUACCCAUCCAAUCCAGUUGUAUAUUUACACUGAGGCACAGUAAGGUUUAUUCUUUUCAGAAAUGGUUGAAGGUUGUUCUGCAAUUUUGAAACAUAUUUUCUACAAAGUAGAAUUUUAUGAAACCAUGAUUUCCAAGCUUUAUGGGAAUUCAGCUUCUAAAAAUUUAAAUAAAAAAAACUCAGUUGUGUUAACUUCGUGUUUUUCGUUUUGUUGGACCAAUUUGAAGUCCUCUACUAUUUUUCAAGAUGGGCCUCAUUGGAAGAAUCGCUCUUUUGAUGACAUUUUCGCGAUGUAGAGUUAUGUUAAAUAUAAAAUUUUCAGAGUUGUAUGUUUACCCAUUUUCAGUCACAUGGCUGAAUAAAAUUUAUAAGCAUGAAA